CGACCAAAAUACGCUUUUUGAGUUCCCCUUCCUCGAUCGACCGCAAAAACCCUCUUUCAUCUUCGACUCCUCUCCGCCGCUCCCGUCGCUCCCCCAUUCGCCUCUGAGAUCUCGUAAAUCUCCUAAUAGAAAGGGCUUUUUUUUUUUUUGGGGUUCCUUUACCAGUUUGAAGGGCUAUUGAAAGAGUAGAUAUCGGCGAGUAAAAAGGCAGAGAAAUGCUGGGUGGGUUGUAUGGGGACCUUCCUCCCCCUUCAUCAACCUCUUCCACUGAUGAAGAGAGAAGUGCUAGCUCGUCUGUGUGGUCGAGUAGCACCAAAAUGGCACCGCCCACAUUGCGAAAGCCCACAUCGGUGCUUGCCCCACCUCAAUCUGUGUUGAAGAGCCAACAAUUGCAAAACAAGGCUAAAAGUGCGGCCCAAUCAAAGGCACUUAAUUCGAUUCCACCACCUGCAUUACCUGAUAAUGCAGAAAAAAGCCCAUCUUUUCAGCCUGCUUUGGUCGGGGUGACAUCGACAGUUAUAGAGGAGUAUGACCCUGCAAGGCCAAAUGAUUAUGAAGAUUACAAGAGAGAGAAGAAACGGCGGGCCAUGGAAGAGGAGAUGAAGAGGGAGCUCGAGAAAAGGCGGCGCGAAGAGGAGGAGAGGGAGAGGGAGCGAGAAAAGAGGGAAAGAGAGGCAGCUGAAAGAGAGGAGAAGGAUUACCAAUCGAGAUCUUCGUCAUUGAAUAUCUCAGGCGAAGAGGCGUGGAAAAGGCGGGCUGCGAUGAGCGGGAAUGUGCCGAGGUCAGGCAACCGGUCACCUUCGCCGCCACCGAGCGGAGAAGGGUUCAGCAUCGGGAAGUCAGGUUCGGCUGGGCUGGGUGUAGGCGCGGGAGGACAAAUGACUGCCGCACAGAGAAUGAUGGCAAAGAUGGGGUGGAAAGAAGGGCAGGGGCUUGGAAAGCAAGAGCAGGGGAUCACGACUCCGCUGAUGGCCAAGAAGACAGAUAGGAGAGCUGGGGUGAUUGUGAAUGCAAGUGAGACUAAGGCGGAGAAGAAGACAAAGAGUGUGAAUUUCAAUACUCCGCCGACUCGGGUUUUAUUGCUUCGGAAUAUGGUUGGCCCCGGCGAGGUGGAUGAUGAUCUUGAAGAUGAGGUGGCAUCAGAGUGUGCUAAGUACGGUACAGUGACACGCGUCUUGAUAUUCGAGAUCACCGAGCCAAACUUCCCCUCGGAUGAGGCUGUGAGGAUCUUCAUACAGUUUGAAAGGUCAGAGGAGACAACAAAGGCAUUAGUUGACCUCGAAGGCCGGUUCUUUGGCGGGCGGGUGGUUCGUGCUUCUUUCUAUGAUGAGGAGAGGUUUGCGAAGAACGAAUUGGCACCCAUGCCCGGAGAAAUACCCGGUUACACUUGAAACUGAAUUAAUUCUGAGAACAUUGAUCAAGACAAAAGAGCGUGACGAGACGAGUUAUGAUCGAAGUGUCUCUUGCUUUUGCGAAAGCCUCAGGGUAGUGGAAGUUAACCAGUGCUGAAUUGUGUGUUGAAUCUUGUAAACGACUUUUUGGACUCGAGCAUUAACGUGAAUUCAAACUGUUACGAAAUUCAUACAGGCAAGUUUUUAUGGACAAAUGGUCUUUUGCGUCAGCAUUAUUAUUGCACAGAUUCUGUGCUAAUCUUGUCUAAUUUUAUCCCACACUUUCGCUGUACUUAGUCAAGCACUAAUGAAAUAUGAAGUUCUCAAAGAACCAUGGAUAUGCGCAGUUUAUUUCUUGCU